AUGGUGCGAAACGAACUUUUGCAUUUCAAUCCCGAGUUGGGUGGCAAGCGGCAGCUCGUAGUGGUGAACAAGCUGGAUGUGACCGAGGUGCGGGAGCAGCGUUCGUCCAUACUCGAGGCUCUGAAAGUCGCUUUGCAUGACCAGGGUGAAGUCGACGGGGAGAUUAUGUUCAUCUCCGCAGCCACCGGAGAGGGCGUCGAUGCGAUGAUAAUGCGCAUAGCUGCGAUCCUUGAGGAAUUGCCGAAGGACGCAGUUCCGGACGAGCAAGUGGUGUUGCAGCCAGCAUUCGGCAGGCAGCGUCGGGAACCCGAGUCGGUGCGGAUGGAGAAUGGUGUAUUUGUUGUCGAGUCGGAGCGCCUCGAGCGGCUGAGCGCUCUGGCGGAUACGCGGGACCAGCGGGUGUUGCUGCAGUUGUGGCGUGAGAUGCGCCGGACCGGUAUGGCCGAUAAGCUGAUUGAUGUGGGUAUUGAGGUCGGCGACACCAUUCGCAUUGGUAAAGUGGAAGUUGAAUGGUUCUGA